UUUACUAUUCCAAAGAUUUGUUGAAAUGCAAUUGAUUCAGGGCUAAGUUCCACUUCAUGCUCAACCCAUUGGAUUCAUACAAAUCAUCUUAUCGAUAUCUAUGUUCGCUCUUGAAAGAGUUUGUUUCCUCUUGAAAGAGUUUCUGGUUAUUAGAUACCAUCUUGCAUAAAUUAUCACCGGACGCAUGCAGCGAUCUUUUGCAAGUUCCUCGGGAUGUUUUUGUGUAUAGUAUUCGCAACUACCAUGGAUUGCUCAGAAUUGAUGUGCAACCGUUCAUGAAAACUAUAUAAACCCCCAUAAUCCCAUUGCUGAAUUGAAUCAUUAACAAUGAAAUUAUCCAACUUACUUACUGCUUCAACUGCUCUUGCUCUCACUUCCGCUUCUUCCCCUGGAAUCUGGUAUACUGGGGAUUCGCUGAUUACUGGUAAAGUUAUUAAACAGCAGCAAAAGUGGAACAUCCCUGGAGAUAAGGUGCACGGUUACUACUAUGGUACUCAGUUUUACUUUGAAGGUACCAACGAUGUUGGUUACUCUGGGCCCCAGCCCCGUGUCGAAGGUACCACGAACCAUUUAACCUUCAGUGUUUUUGGACAUGGACCAUUUUCUCACCACCCAAACUGUGGUAGUGGUGCGGAUGGUGGCCCAGGUGUCUCUUGUGCUGUUGACUUUCCUUGGGAGUACGGAAAGAACUAUACAACCGAAGUAGCCCGAACUGCUCAUAACGAUACUGAUGGUAGCAACAGAUGGACAGGUACUUUGAUUGAUGAUGAAACCGGUGACAGAGUUGUUAUCGGUGAGUAUUGGACUCCAAAAAAUUAUUCCUUACUUACUACUGGAGGUGUCACCUUUAGCGAAUUGUACACAUGGCGUCCAACUAAGAGCAAGCCAUGUAUUCCUCGCAACACCUAUAUCGGAUACUAUCCCGUUUAUUACCUGACUGAUGGAAGAAAUUUCACUGCUAGUAUUUACACUUUUGAUAAUAUUGGUGUUCUCGGUGAUGCCUGUGCUAGAGCCGCAAAACAACCUAAUCAACAGGCAUGGACUAUUCCUGGAGGAUUUGUUUUCCUGAAUGGUUUGCUCAACCUGGAGUACGAAGGAAAAGUCACCUUAUAAGGGAGAAUUUUAGGCCCAAUGUCCUAUAUGAGUCAAGUUGAAUAAUGGUCUCACCUCUCUAUUCUCUCAACUUUGUGGAUCAGCUAUAAAGUUGACGGAUAGCUAGCUAGCACCUAAUCCAACAGGGCGAGUAUCUCAAUCCCUCCAACCUGAAUAGGUUUAGUUUAGUAAAUGGAUCUUAAGUUCCUCACCAACGUAUGCGAGACA